GUUUGCAUGUAUGCAUGCGUCAAGCUAUUCUUUUCUACAUCCGGAGAAACAAUUGGAUAGGUUUUCUACUCAUACAUGGACCCAUUAGACAAGAUGAUCGAGUAUGAUUGGGCUGAGAGCAUCCGGGCAACCUUGAUGGGUUCAUUGGGCCAAAACUGUGGAAAAUCAGGACGAGUCACCGGAUGUGUGAUGUUGUUAAUGUAUUGGCUGUGUGAGCAUGCAACAAUCUUACAACCCCGCAACCCCAAUGCCAUUCCACGAUGCGUAAAAUGGGACCUCACAGCCUUACAUAGCAACAUGAAGUCCAUAACUUUGGCUAAGCUAGGUUUAAAUGAGGUAUAUGGCGGCGAGCUAAUGGCAUCACCAACUGAAGCGAAGAUGUAUCGUCAUACGAAAUUGAAUGUGGAGCCAAAACCUGAGAUUUUGUCAAGUGCAGUAGCAAAGAAAGAUGAAAGCAAUGAGGAUCAAAGCAAAGACAGUCAACGCAGUGAUGACAGGGAUGCAUUUUCUGUCGAUGCAGUGGACCUGAAUGAUGUUGGACAUUAUAUCAACCCCAGCUGUAGCACCCCCAAUGCUGAGAAAGGAAUCAUCAUAGCACAACCAACUGAGCCCGACAUUGUGGAAGUACUCAUAAAAGAAAACCAAAUAGCUUGGGCUCUUGUACGGCAAUGGGAAGCGAAAUACAGACAGUUGGAAGAAUCAUGGGAGUUGAGGGCAAGGGUGAUUGCUGCCCUUGAAGCCAAACUAUUUGACCAAUCGGGCUCAUCCAAUGUGGACAUGCACAUGAAGACUUGCAUGGAGUGGAAAGAUACAGAAAUUCAGCGGCUGACAAAGUUGGUCAUCAACUUGGAAUGCGAAAAAACAAUACUUGAAGACCUUUUUGACGAUCAGUCCGUACACAUCAUCACUCAAGUUAAAGCACAAAAGGCUCAUGACAGCCUUAACAACAAUCCCACUGCAGCAUUGGAACACAUUAUCAGCCCCCCAUCAAGGGUAAAGCGCAUAAAGCAGAAGGUAAGGAAAGAACACAGGUUGGACGAGUUUGAAUACCCCAACCUGCCUGGUCAGAAGAAAGGGAAAGAAGGAGCCGAACAGCAAUCACAUGCAGUCCAAAUUGCACAAGAUUUAGACAAGCAACCACCAAAAAAGCAGCCAACAAAGUCCAAGAAGUUAACCUUGAACAACAAACUGAAGGUCUGGGCUAACAUGAACAAACUCAACAAGCAAAAAGUCCAAAAUUUGCACAAGAACGGCGGUGAUGAGUUGCUAGUGUGGCGAGGGGACUCAAAGACUAAACAUGUGUAUUUUGAUGACAUCAUACACCUCAUCAAGGAAGAAUCAAUAACCAACAACGUGAUAGAUGCUUAUGGUGAAAUUCUACUUGAACUACAAGGGCUAGUCAACCCAAGUUUGGAAGAUUCAUCAUUCAUCUUUACAAGCACAUGUUUGAAAAUCAUGCAACAGUACCCCCCCCAAGAGGAAUAAACUAAUUGAUGUACACAUCAAGGAGUAUCAAGGCCAGAGAUUCUUAAUCUUCCCAAUACACGACAACUUUCACUGGACAAUUGUUGUGUACGAUGUGAAAGAGAAUGUAUGGAGGCAUUAUAACUCACUGCGCCCAAGAGAAGGCAUACAUGACCCACAUAUUGACAAAGCACAAAUACUGAGGGACUACAUCACAGCUUUGGUGCACAACAUUGGACCAUCAUCACCAUUAUAGACCAAUUUAUCAAGCCAAAAUACUUUAAAAACAAUCAUAUCAGUGGACAUCUGUCCUCAGCAAGCAUCAA